AUGGAGUUUGUUAUAUUUUCAAGGGAUGCCAUGAGAAUGUUAUUGUUAGGAUUUAUUUUCGUCUUAGGAGCUGAUGCUGGGCACAUAUUGAGACUAUCAGAAGAAGAAGAUUUGGCAUUGGAACGGCAAAUCCAGGCUAUUAAUAAACCCGCGAUAAGAAGUUUCAAGACGAGCUAUGGGGCUACUAUCGAUUGCGUCAAUAUAUACAAACAACUGGCAUUUGAUCAUCCACUGCUGAAGAAUCAUACAAUCCAGAUGAAGCCGGAGCACGUUCCUGAAGGAGACAUGAGAAAAACUCGACGGAUGGCAUCUUUGUAUCUAGGCGGCCAGCGGUGCCCCAAGGGGACGGUUCCAAUAGUUAGAGCCACAAAAGAAGAUCUGCUGAUGGCGAAGUAUAUUCCUCGUCACCCGGGAAGCCAUAUGGAAACCGAAUAUUCACCCAACAGUGAUGAUAUCCCGGGCCAGCACUCUGCAAUGUUCGAAUUUAGGCGCCCCACUCGCGGUGCCAAGGCAAGUAUCUCUAAUUGGAACCCUGCCGUUUCGUCCGAGCAAUUCAGCCUUGCCAAGAUCUCAGUCGUGGCUGCAUCUGGUGCUGACUUAAACAACGUACAAGCGGGCUGGAUGUCGUAUGAUAGUUUAUAUCCGGACUCCACUCGGCUGUUCAUAUACUGGACGGACACAAACAAGGGAGACUGGUGGCUGGGGGUCAACGGUGAACAAGUUGGAUAUUGGCCGAGAUCAUUAUUCACUUCACUGGUACCAAACGCUAAUGCAGUGGCUUGGGGAGGCCAGGUUUUCAGCCCCUUUAAGAGGCCCACCCCGGCGAUGGGGAGCGGACAUCCCCCCUCGGAAGGACUCGGGAAGGCGGCCUCCAUGACUCACCUUCGAGCCUCGUUACCAUUUAGUUCGACGAUGUUCGUGGACCCCGAAAACUAUGACAGCUUCUUUGUCGACGCACCAGAGUGUUACGAUGCAACCUCCGACAAGAACCAUGAGAACGGGCGUUAUGUCUUGUAUGGGGGUCCCGCUGGCUUGUCGAUAGCUCGAUCUUCCACUGAGGCAGAGUACAAGGCAGCGGCAGCAACUGCAGCGAAGUUGCGUGGUUACAAGCUCUAUUACGUGAACUGGGUGUCUCUAUUUCAACCAAGGGAUGCCAUGAGAACAUUAUUGGUAGGAUUUAUUUUCGUCUUAGGGGCUGAUGCUGGGCACAGAUUGAGGCUAUCAGAAGAAGAAGAUUUGGCAUUGGAACGGCAACUCCGGGUUAUUAAUAAACCCACUAUAAGAAGUUUCAAGCUAUUCAGCCUUGCCGAGAUCUCAGUCGUGGCUGCAUCUGGUGCUGACUUAAACAACGUACAAACGGGCUGGAUGUCGUAUGAUAGUUUAUAUCCGGACUCCACUCGGCUGUUCAUAUACUGGACGGACACAAACGAGGGAGACUGGUGGCUGGGGGUCAACGGUGAACAAGUUGGAUAUUGGCCGAGAUCAUUAUUCACUUCACUGUUACCAAACGCUGACGCAGUGGCUUGGGGAGGCCAGGUUUUCAGCCCCCUUCAACACGCCCACCCCGGAGAUGGGGAGCGGACAUCACCCCUCGGAAGGACUCUGGAAGGUGGCCUCCAUGACUCACCUUCGAGCCUCGUUACCAUUUAG